AUGGGAGCCGAUAAAAGGAUACGUCGGACGGAACGCAGUGGCAGAUAUGGGUCAGAACAGUCACGAAAUGAUACUGACUGGCGGAACAGACGAGACCGAGAUCAGGAGAGGGAAGGCCGACGCUGGGCUGACGAUCGUCGAAGUGAUCGCUAUGAAGGGGACCGCCGCAGUUCGAGAGAGAGUCCUGAGCCACGAGAAAGGAAACGCCGCAACAGUGACAGAUCAGAAGAUGGCUAUCACUCUGACGGAGACUACCCAGAUCAGGACUAUAGAAGGGAACCUGGAGAGGACAAGAAAAGUAAAACAAUCAUGCUCUGGGGUCUCUCUUUCACUGUCAGCGAAGAAGAUAUCCGUAUGGCUCUUGAUCAGUUGGAGGGACCCCAGCCUGUGGAUGUUCGGUUGAUGAAGAAAAACACAGGUAUAAGCCGUGGUUUCGCCUUCGUGGACUUUUAUCACUUGCAAGAUGCUACUCGAUGGAUGGAGACCAAUCAGAAUCGUCUAAUCCUUCAAGGAAAAACUGUGGAUAUGAACUACAGUAACCCCAGGAACAAGUAUGAAGAUUGGCUUUGUAACGCUUGUGGCCUGUACAAUUUCCGGAGGAGGCUGAAGUGCUUCAGGUGUGGAGCAACCAAAGCUGAUGGUGAGAAUUCUGGUGCUGCUGAAAAUCCACCAACUCUCGAUUUUUAUGGCGACACCCUCAUCUUGAGAAAUAUUGCCCCGCUCACAUCUAUUGAAGACAUAAUUUCCGCGGUUGCACCUUAUGCCAAUCUGUCUUCAAACAACAUUCGCCUCAUCAAGGACAAGCAGACGGGCCAAAACCGAGGCUUUGCCUUUGUACAGCUGUCCUCACCUCUGGAAGCGUCUCAGCUCUUAACUAUAUUACAAGGCUUGCAGCCACCUCUCAAACUUGAUGGAAAAACAAUAGGUGUUGAUUAUGCCAAAAGUGCGAGAAAGGAACUUUUGCUACCAGAUGGAAAUCGUGUCAGUGCCUUUUCUGUUGCCAGUACUGCAAUUGCUGCAGCCCAGUGGUCUAGUCAGCCACAGCAAAGCUCAGAUGGUAUGUCGGAGUACAGCUAUUUACAAGAAGGUUAUGAAUCCCAGGACUAUCAAGCAUUUUACCAUCAGGCGGCAGUACCGAGUACUUCUCAAGGAAAUGGAAUCUUAGGAGCUCCGGCUGUCAAUAUGGUUCCAACAGCACCUGGUGUGGUUAUUUCACAAUCUCCUCAAGUUUACCAACCACACAUAAUUACUCAACCUGCUGUACAGGCAUUUCCUUUUGCCCAACAGCUAGACAACCAUCAGCAGUUGGCGCACUAUGGUGCAGAAGCUAUGGCUCCGCCUGCAGGUGCAAACGCCGCGCUCAUGAGCGCCACACAGAUGACCACCGUUCCAGAUACAUCUGCCUAUCAGUACGAGGAGUCUUCAGGGUAUUAUUAUGACCCACAAACUGGCCUCUACUAUGACCCAAAUACUCAAUAUUACUACAAUUCCCAGACCCAGCAGUAUUUGUACUGGGACAAUGAGAAGCAGUCGUAUGUCCCGGCUGACUGUAAUGCUGAACUUAAUGCUAAUGCUAGUGAAUCGUCAAGUGCCAACAAGGAACUUAAAGAAGCUAAAGAGAAAAAGGAUAAACCAAAGAGCAAGACUGCUCAGCAGAUUGCUAAGGACAUGGAGCGGUGGGCCAAAAGUCUUAACAAACAGAAGGAGAACUUCAAGAGCAGCUUUCAGCCAAUAAGUCAAGAAGAGCGGAGAGAGGCUGCCGCAGCAGAUGCUGGUUUCACUCUGUUUGAAAAGAAGCAAGGGGGCGGUUUGGACAGACUCAUGCCAGAUGAAGAAGAGGCCCCUAUGGCCUCAACGAACAGCAGCAAAGGUUUGGUGGCAGCUUACAGUGGCGACAGUGACCCUGAAGAAGCAGGAGCAGUAGCUGCAGACUCUGAAGCUGGGGAAGCACAAGAUAAACUUACAGACUGGAAGAAAAUGGCCUGUUUGUUGUGUAGAAGACAAUUCCCUAAUAAAGAGGGUUUGUUACGGCAUCAACAACUCUCUGAUCUCCAUAAGAAAAACUUGGAGGUCCUCCAAAGAUCCAAACUCAGUGAUGCUGAACUAGAAGAACUGGAGAGGAGGGAAUCAGAGAUGAAAUACAGAGACAGGGCAGCAGAGAGAAGAGAAAAAUAUGGUAUUCCUGAACCUCCGGCACCUAAAAAGAAGAAAUUCAGCCAACCAGCUGCCCCCCCAAUAAACUAUGAACAGCCUACAAAGGAUGGGCUGAACAGUGAUAAUAUUGGCAAUAAAAUGCUACAGGCCAUGGGAUGGAAAGAAGGCAAAGGACUUGGAAGAAACCAACAGGGAAUCACUGCUCCGAUUGAGGCUCAAUUGAGAACCAAAGGAGCUGGUCUUGGCAUCAAAGACAGUUUAACAUGUUGGUGGCUGAGAAAAACAGGGAAAUGCUUCUGGGGGGAAUACAAUGUCCACAGCGUUCCUCAAAGCCCAAAUUCAGCUCCUGACUUGGCGAGAGAGACGUGCGCUGCGGUUGGAGAGAUCCAUUUGAGCGUGUGUCCAACAAUUAACAAUCACCAGUGGACUUUAAGAAACCAGGAAAGAUCUGUACGACUUUUUGUGGUCUAA